AUGUUUUUCACUGAAGUCCAAUCUUUACACACAUCAAAGAUCUCACACGGGCGAGAAGCCGUAUUCCUGUCCUGA